GUUUCCCUGCGGGCCCGAGUCGCCGCAGGGCGCCGUUGGCUAAGUGUGCGCCACUGUCCCCACGGCCCGCGAGUGGCGCUGCCAGGAGACUGUGCUCUGCGGCGCUCGCUACCCCCACGCUGCGACCGAGCGACGAUGCACCCCGGUGACAGCGCCCUGAGCCUCCGCCCGGCCUCGGGGUAGCCGCACUGAGCCCGGCGCGCGGGGCCCGGUCCUCCGCGCUUCCCCGCGCUUCCCCGCGUUCGUAGUGUCCCUUGCACCCGCCGCUGCCGCGGCCACCGCGCCUGGGCCAUGGGGCUGCCCACUCUGGAGUUCAGCGACUCCUACUUGGACAGUCCGGAUUUCAGGGAAAGACUUCAGUGUCACGAGAUCGAGCUGGAGAGAACCAACAAGUUCAUCAAAGAGCUGCUGAAGGAUGGCUCUCUGCUCAUCGGGGCGCUGAGGAAUCUAUCCAUGGCUGUCCAGAAGUUCUCCCAGUCUCUGCAAGACUUCCAGUUUGAAUGUAUCGGAGAUGCGGAAACCGAUGACGAAAUCAGUAUUGCUCAAUCGCUGAAAGAAUUCGCAAGGCUUCUUAUUGCCGUAGAAGAAGAAAGGCGGAGGCUGAUUCAAAAUGCUAAUGAUGUAUUAAUUGCACCCCUUGAGAAAUUUCGAAAAGAACAGAUCGGCGCAGCUAAAGAUGGAAAGAAGAAGUUCGACAAAGAGAGCGAAAAGUACUACUCCAUUCUGGACAAGCACUUAAAUUUGUCUGCCAAGAAGAAGGAGUCUCAUUUGCAAGAGGCAGAUUCACAGAUUGGCCGAGAACAUCAGAACUUCUAUGAAGCUUCAUUAGAAUAUGUCUUUAAAAUCCAAGAGGUUCAAGAGAAGAAGAAGUUUGAGUUUGUGGAACCGCUUUUGUCCUUCCUUCAGGGUUUAUUUACGUUUUACCACGAGGGAUAUGAACUCGCCCAGGAAUUUGCACCAUACAAACAACAGCUGCAGUUCAACUUGCAGAAUACGAGGAAUAACUUUGAAAGUACUCGACAAGAGGUAGAGAGAUUGAUGCAGCGGAUGAAAUCGGCCAACCAGGAUUACAGACCACCCAGCCAGUGGACCAUGGAAGGCUAUCUUUAUGUCCAGGAGAAAAGACCCCUGGGUUUCACAUGGAUUAAACAUUACUGCACUUACGACAAAGGAAGCAAAAUGUUCACAAUGAGCGUAUCGGAAGUGAAAGCCAGUGGGAAGAUGAAUGGCCUUGUUACUGGCUCCCCUGAGAUGUUUAAAUUAAAGUCGUGUAUCCGACGAAAGACAGAUUCGAUAGACAAGCGCUUCUGCUUUGACAUAGAAGUGGUCGAAAGGCAUGGCAUCAUUACACUGCAAGCUUUCUCUGAAGCUAAUCGGAAACUCUGGCUAGAGGCCAUGGAUGGAAAAGAACCGAUUUACACGCUGCCUGCCAUAAUUAGCAAGAAAGAAGAAAUGUACUUAAAUGAAGCAGGGUUCAACUUCGUGAGAAAAUGCAUUCAAGCUGUGGAGACGAGAGGUAUCACCAUUUUAGGCCUGUACCGAAUAGGAGGUGUGAACUCCAAGGUCCAGAAACUUAUGAAUACCACAUUUUCUCCCAAGUCCCCUCCUGAUAUGGACAUUGAUAUUGAGCUAUGGGACAAUAAGACUCUAACGAGUGGGCUGAAAAACUACCUCAGGUGUCUUGCGGAACCACUGAUGACUUACAAAUUGCACAAGGACUUCAUCAUUGCUGUCAAGUCAGAUGACCAGAACUACAGGGUGGAGGCCGUCCAUGCACUGGUGCACAAGUUGCCGGAGAAAAACAGAGAGAUGCUGGACAUCUUGAUAAAACACCUGCUCAAAGUAUCAUUACACAGCCAACAAAAUCUCAUGACUGUCUCAAAUCUCGGCGUCAUAUUUGGCCCAACCCUGAUGCGAGCGCAGGAGGAAACAGUGGCUGCCAUGAUGAACAUCAAGUUUCAGAACAUAGUGGUUGAAAUCCUGAUUGAGCACUAUGAAAAGAUUUUCCAUACUGCCCCAGACCCAAACAUUCCUCUUCCUCAGCCCCAGUCUCGGUCUGGAUCCCGAAGGACCCGUGCCAUCUGCCUAUCCACAGGUUCUCGGAAGCCCAGAGGGAGGUACACGCCAUGCCUGGCGGAGCCCGAUAGUGAUUCCUACAGCAGCAGCCCAGACAGCACACCCAUGGGCAGCAUAGAGUCGCUCUCUUCCCACUCCUCUGAGCAAAACAACACCACAAAGUCAACUUCCUGCCAGCCCAGGGAGAAGUCGGGUGGCAUUCCCUGGAUCGCGUCCCCGUCGUCUUCCAACGGACGGAAGAGUCUGGGUCUCUGGACAACUAGCCCAGAGUCAAGUUCUCGAGAAGAUGCAACCAAAACAGAUGUGGAGUCAGAUUGCCAGAGUGUGGCCUCGGUCACCAGCCCGGGGGAUGUCUCUCCCCCCAUAGACCUCGUCAAGAAAGGGCCCUAUGGGCUCUCGGGACUGAAAAGAGCCUCUGCCUCCUCCUCUCUCAGAUCUAUCUCUGCAGCUGAAGGAAACAAGAGCUACAGUGGAUCCAUUCAAAGCUUAACUUCUAUAGGUUCCAAAGAGUCACCCAAAGUCACAUCGAACCCAGAGCUGCCUCCAAAAAUGUGCAGGAGGCUAAGGCUAGACACUGCUUCCAGCAACGGCUACCAGCGACCAGGCUCAGUAGUGGCAGCAAAGGCUCAACUAUUUGAAAAUGCCGGGCCACUCAAGCCGGUUUCUUCAGGACGCCAAGCCAAAGCCAUGUACUCCUGCAAAGCAGAGCAUAGCCAUGAGUUGUCCUUCCCCCAGGGGGCCAUCUUCUCCAACGUACACCCAUCAGUGGAGCCAGGGUGGCUGAAGGCGACUUACGAAGGCAGAACAGGACUAGUCCCUGAAAACUAUGUUGUCUUCCUCUAAUAGUAUUAGUGGAUGGUACUAUCUUCAUGGUAUCCAUGGUAACACAUAAUAAGUGCUAUGAUUUUAUCUGACACAGAUAUGGGGGACCAGCCACUAAAUGAAAACCCUCUGUUUGUCUCAAGUUCUUCACCGGCAGACUAUGUAGCUCCCAUUGAUGGAAAGAGUAACACAAAUGUUUUCAUCAUAGCCAUUGCUUUGGACUAUUUUCUUACUUUUAAAAUAAUCUUGGUGUUUUAUUUUUUUUUUUUUGAAAAGAAGUGAUUUUUAACAGUGUCUGUUCUCCAGAGUUGCAGAAUCCCAGAUACUGAGCUCAGUUCUGCAUCCUGUAAAUUUGGAAGUCAGAAAUCUGCUGUACCCAUGUUGAGAUUUUUCUACAUUGCUUGGUCGUCUCUGGGGAACCUUAAAGUCAUUACUUUAAGAGUGUAAUUUAAAUCGUUCAGUUAUUAUUUUUGUUUCUUAAAUAUAUUGUUUUUAUGUGUGGUUGUUUUGCUGGUCCUAAACAUUUCAAGAGAAUCAGUCAUUGUUUUAUCAUAAGUAUAUUUCUAUUUGUUUUCUAAGAUGAUAGUAUUGGAAAGCAAUAAUGUAUAUGAAGUCUGUAAAGAAAACCAAGUUAAGUCAAACACUGAUCCUUCCGUAAGCAGUCCAUCAGAAUGCUCGAUGGCUUCUGUGGGUUACUAGCAAAAAUCCGCCGAGUGUACAGCCUAGGGUUAAAGAGUUUUGUGGCGGGCUGGACUUGACUCGUGAACCACAGAUGAAUAAGCCCUCCUUUAGAAGUUAUGUAAACCUAACUUGGGACUUUUACAAAUUUCCCAUUAAAACACACGUGCUGAUAAACCACAUGUGCACAUCUCCUGCUUCUUAAGCCGCAUCCUGACAGCGCAGUGGCAGUUGCCCCAGCUGCAAGGCUAAACUCUUCAGGUAUUCCAAUGAUGGGGAAGUCUUGGCCUUGGAGAUACUCUCAUACAAACAACAAAGACAUUGUUUGGAAAUUUUAACUGGGAAGCUCUGUCUUUGAAACCUUGUUUAGUUGAAACAGAAAACAAACACCAGGUACUGGAUUCUUAGGCUACAGAGUAUGGAUUUUUUAAGAUUUAUGUUGUAAUAAGAGCGGCGGGUCUGCGUCCCCGGCACCCAGCCGCCCACAUGGCUAGCUUAUGCCCCGAAAUAAUUACACGGAAACUGUAUUCUUUUAAUCACUGCCUGGCCCAUUAGCUCCAGCCUCUUAUUGGCUAGCUCUUACAUAUUGAUCUAACCCAUUUUUGAUAUUCUGUGUAGUACCAUGAGCUGGCUUACCAGGAAAGAUCUUAACCUGCGUCUGUCUGGAGUGGGAGAAUCAUGGCGACUCUCUGACUCGGCUUCUUUUUUCCAAGC